GGAUCCAACUUCUCGACUAACAGAACGUCAAGGCAGCUAUCACUCACUCCCCGCCAAUCCCUCGGUCAACCAACGCAAUUUGUGAAGGGGGGGGGGGCUUUGAGAGGAGAAGCUAAGAGGGGCGCUUUUCUCUUUCUUGGGGGUAACGCCUGAGGCUGGACCUGGGCAAGCUUAGAGGUAGCAGCUACAGGCAGCUUAGUAAGAGGAGGAGAAGGAGGCGGCGGCGCGGACGUCACUUUCCCCGGCCGCAUGUUUACGUGGAGAUGAAGAUGGCGGCGCCGGUGGGUCCGCCACGGAGUCUCUGCGCCUCGUAACGCAGAAGAAUUCGUGAGAGUUGAAGUUCGCCGUCCCUUCCCGCGUCUUGGGACGGCGGGCUGCCCCCUUUCAGCCUGGCGCUCGGUAACGCUGUGGUCUCUCUGCGCAGGGGCCAUGGAGGACGAGGAAAGGCAGAAGAAGCUGGAGGCCGGCAAAGCCAAGCUUGCUCAAUUUAGACAAAGGAAAGCACACUCUGAAGGACAGAAUGCAGCCAAGAAGCAGAAAAAAAAGAAAAAGGUCGCAAACACCAAAGAUGAAGAACUAGUUCAAGAAGGUCUAGAUAUUGAUCAGUCACAAGGUGAAGAUACAUAUACCCACAGCUGUGAAAGAGGAGCAGCUGCUACACCUGACUUUGCUAUAGUGAGGACUUUGCACAGUAGCGAAAUGACCAAACAUGAUCAAACUUAUACCACAGAAUUGGAAAGUGAGAUUUCUACCACAGCUGAUGAUUAUAGCUCAGAGGUAAAUGGUUGCAGUUUUUUGUCGAAAACAGAGGUACCUGGAGACUUUAUCAGGGAAGAAGAAUUUGGAUUUGGAGAGAAUUAUUCUGAACUUGGGAUGCAGCAUUCUCUGACACGACUGGAGAUGGUGGAGAAUGAAUUGGCUGGAAAACAGCAAGAGAUUGAAGAGCUAAACAGAGAGCUAGAAGAAAUGAGGGCAGCAUAUGGUACAGAAGGAUUGCAACAGCUACAGGAAUUUGAGGCUGCUAUAAAAAAAAGAGAUGACAUCAUCACACAACUCACUGCUAAUCUUCAACAAGCAAGGAAAGAGAAGGAUGAAACCAUGAGGGAGUUUUUGGAUUUGACUGAACAGAGUCAGAAACUGCAAAUUCAGUUUCAACAUUUGCAGGCAAGUGAAGCCCUAAGGAAUACUAGUCACAGUAGCACAGCUGCGGACUUACUGCAGACCAAACAACAGAUACUUGCAUAUCAACAGCAGCUAGAAGAACAAGAGCAGCUAUUGAGAAGCUAUAAUAUGAAGAAUGAAGACUAUGAAAUGCAAGUUUCCCUUCUGCAACAGAGAAUAGCUGGCUUCGAAAUGGAAAGGAGGCACAUAGCUGAAGAAGAUUGUAUUAAGAAGAAGCUACAAGAAAAAGAAACAAUUAUUGAAAAAUUGGAAACAAAAAUAAGAGAAGAAGAAGAAAACAUAGUGGGUCUUCAGAAAAAAGUAUCACUUGCUGAGAAAUCUAUUGAAGAAUUAAAAGAAGAGGUUUUACAAAAGAACAAAGAGGUACAUAAUGUGAGGGUAGAACUGGCAAGUUCGAAGCAAAAAGAAAAACAGUGUUCUGAUGAAAUAAAACAGCUAAUGGGAACUGUGGAAGAACUGCAAAAGCGUUGUCACAAAGAUAGCCAAUUCGAGAAGGACAUUAUGCAAAGAAUGGAACAUGAAGCUCAAAGAAGACUUGAAGACCUCAGGGCAGAAUUAGAAGAAGUGCAUGGGCAACAGAUAGUACACAUGAAGCAAGAAUUAGUGAGGGAACAUACAAUAGAGAUUGAAAAGCUUCUUGCCCAACAGAAAGCAGAUCUGGAGAGAACUUUGAAUUUAGGUUCUGAUAAUGCUAAUGAGGACCAAAUACAUUUAAUGAACAUUGCAAUUAAUGAAUUGAAUCUGAUGUUGCAAGAUGCCAACUACCAGAGAGAAAAGACAAGGCAGGAUUUGUCACAACAGCUUGAAGAAAUAACUUCAGAGAAGUCUUCUCUAAAAAGUCAAAUUGAAGAUCUUUAUCAAGAACUAAGACUUGCAAGAGAACAGAUUCAGAGAGCCCAGAAGACUAUAAAUGAAAAGGAAACCAAGUUACUUGAAUCUGAAGAGUUACUAAUCUCUGUUGAAGAUGUAAAAGCAGAGCUUGCUUCUGCAGUGCAGAUGCAGACAGAACUAGAAAUAAAACAUGAGGCAGAAAUUACAAAUUACAAAAUAAAACUUGAAAUGCUAGAAAGAGAGAAGGAUGCGGUUUUGGACAGGAUGGCUGAAUCUCAAGAGGCUGAACUAGAGAGACUAAGGACUCAGCUGUUGUUUAGUCAUGAGGAAGAACUAUCAAAACUUAGAGAUGAUUUACUGCAAGAGCACAGAAUAAACAUUGAAAAUCUUAAAGAUAAUUUACAUAUUAAACAUAAACAGCAGUUAGAUGGAUUACAAAAUGAAAUGACUAAAAAAAUAGAAGCCAUGAAGUCAGAAAAUGAUAAUUUAACAGUAAAACAGAAUCAGUUUAUGUCAGAAAUAUCAAGGCUGAAAGAUUUGCAGCAGGCCAUGGCAAAUUCUAAAUCAGAAGAAAUGUCAAUUCAGAUCCACGAACUCCAGAAAGAGAUAGAAAUUCUUAGGCAAGAAAAAAGAGAAAAGGGUACUCUUAAACUGGAAAUCCAGGAAUUGCAACUCAAAAUAGAGUUAUUGGAAAAACAGAUGAAAGAAAGAGAGGCUGAUCUUCAAGAAAAAUGUACAUUACUUGAAACACAAAAUAUAGUUCUUGAAGAUGAAAAUAAUGCUCUGCAAGAGAAAUUAAAAAACUAUGCUGUUAUGAAUAUAGAAGAAAGUUUGAUCAUUGAUAAUAUUAGUUCCAAUUCACAGGACUUUGGUUUGCAAAACAGAAUAGAAGAUCUGAUAGCAGAAAAUGAGAGACUUGUAAAACAAGAAAUUGUACUCAAAGAAGAGAUUGAGAAGCAAAGGAAUUCUCUUUCAUUUACUGAGAAAAACUUUGAACAUAAUUAUCAGGAACUCAGGGAAGAAUAUGUUUCUCUACUAAAGGUAAAAUCUGAUUUAGAAAAGAGCAAGAAUGAACAAGAGGCUGAAUACAGAGCAAGACUCCAAGCCUUGACAGAAGAGAUCCAAAACUUGCAAAGAGAUAUGGCAGUUAUACAUAAAACCCAAAGUUCAGCCUUGCAUGGUAAGAGAGAGAAAUUUUUAAGAUCAGAAACAUUCGAUAUCGAGGAGGUUGUAGAAAAAGAUACAACAGAACUUAUGGAAAAGCUUGAGGUAACUCAGCGUGAGAAGCUGGAACUUUCAUUUAAACUUUCAGAUCUUUCUGAAGAAUUAAAGUUGAAGGACAGUGAAAUCUGUCAACUAAGUGAAGAAAUUAAAUCUCUAAAACAAGAUAAAGAUUGCAUUGCAGUGAAGUGUAAAGAACUGGAACUCAUUCUUAGUCAUAGGCAGGGAGUGAAUAUGAAAACUUAUGAACAUAAGCUGUACUCCAAUGGGGGAACACAGUUGGAUCCUAACACAUUUGCUGAGCCUGGCAGUUUAAUAUCUGAUUCAUGCAAAGAAUAUGGCAAUAUAGUAACAGAAAGAGAAGAAAAACAGACACCAAUCAAAAGGAUAGUUCAUAUUCCAGUGGAAGAGGCAAUUCAGCAGAAUCUGAAUCCAGAACCACUGUUAUUAUUGGAUAAUUUACAGCAAAUGAGUGCUGAAUUAGCAGCAGACCCUUCAUGUGUGAGCCUUGUGCAAAGUGAAAACAAACUUCGAGACCAGCUAGAUAUGCUAAAAUCUGAACAGAGUGAUCUAAAGCUGCAGAUGGAGGCCCAGCGCAUUUGUCUGUCUCUGGUUUAUUCAGCUCACGUGGACCAAGUGCGUGAAUACAUGGAAAAUGAAAAGCAGAAUGCGCUUUCUGCUCUUAAGGAGGAGCUCCAGGUUUGUCAUGCAGAAGAGCUGUAUGAGGUUAAGAAAAACCAGCUGGAUUAUCAAGCUACAAAAGAUCAAAAACCAGAUAAACAAGGGCAAUCUAUAUCUGCGCGCCUAGAAGGGCUUAGCAAGACAGUAGCUGAAGAAUGCUCCAAAAUUAAUCAGUCUCUGUGCAAUAUUCUUCAUGAAGAACCUUCCAUUGCUCUUGAAGAUAACACUGGAGAGAAAUCUAGCACUGUAUUAAUAUCUAGAAUUGAAGCUCAAGAUUUGGAGAGAACACUGCAAACUAUCCUAAGCAAGAUAUUGGAGGAACACCACAGUUUAUUGGAAUAUCAUGCACAGUUUUUGAAAGAUGUAACAAAGGUUGAAGAAUUUAAGUUGUCACAUGCAGACCACAAUGAAAGAAAAACUAGAAAUGCCCAGCAAAGUCUUGGACGCUUCCAUACGCCAUCUCAGGAUCUUAAUGAUUUCAAUGUUAGUCAGUCUCACUGGGAAGAUAUGGAGAAGUUUAAAUCUCAGCUUGAAGAACAACAUGCUCAAGAAGUUGAACGCCUCCGAUCCUAUUACCAUCAGCAGUUGAAAGAAACUGAGGAAAGAUGUACUACAGAGAUAGCUCACUUGCAGAGUAGACUGGAAAAUGCCAGGGUCCCCUCUGAAUGUUUCAGUAUUUCCAGGAAAUCUCAGACAAAUGAAAUGCUACAAAAAGGGAAGCAUGCUGAAAGUGAUCUCCAGCAAAUUGCAGAGAAGGCAGUGGAGCUCUCGAAUGAAGUUGGCUUGAUUGAAUUUCUGGAAAAACAGUAUCAAGAAAAAUUAUUAGAAGAAAUAGCAAAGGUUGUCGUAACCAUGAGUGUACAGUUUGCACAGAAAAAUGAACUUGAAAGAAUUGCUAAUCUAAAGGGAGAUGACAUGUUGAUGGGUAAUAAUUUGAGUAGAACGGAGUGCCCUGAAGAAUUAGAGAGUCGUAGAGAUGAGAGAACAGGCACCAAGUACGAAGCAACUAAAUCACUUAGCAUGGAGAUCAGUGAAGAGUACAGUGGAACUACAUCUAUUGAUGGACAGUUUCAGCCAGAUGUUAAGUCUGCAAUGGUGCCUGGACUACGUGAAGUUGAUUCAGUGUCCCCAACAGACUCCUCUUCAAGUGAUAAAGAGCUUAUGCAAAAAACAUCUCAGAUUACCAGUGAAGACUCCAUCUCCAGCAUGGUAUCUUCUAAACAGAUAUUAUUGUAUGAAGAGCGCUUGGAAGAUAUGCGUCAAGAACUUGUCCGACAGUAUCAAGAACAUCAGCAGGCAACGGAAAUGUUGAAGCAGGGCCACAUGCAGCAGAUGGAAUGGCAGAAAGAAAAUCAAGAACUCCUUCAAGCAGAGCUUGAUAGACUUAAAACACAGUUAGCAGAGAACAUAGCACUGGAUAGUGACCACAUCAUCACAGAAAGAGAACAAAUGCUUUUAGAGGAACUAGAAUUACUAAGGAAGCAAUUAACACCUGAGGGAAAGAAGCUAUCUUCUGAGCUAAAAAACAGUAGUACUCAAACACAGAAUGAAAAUAGAAAUGAAACUGAAUCCAAAGAGUGCAUUUUGGAAUGUGAAGAUGGAGAUGGGAACCACAGUGAAGCUUCUUCAGACAUCUUUUCCAAAGAAAGACAUGGUUUACAGAAGGCUAACAACAGACUCCUUAAGAUUCUCUUGGAAGUUGUGAAGACUGUUGUCGCUGUAGAAGAAACAAUUGGCCGCCAUGUUGUGGGGCUGUUAGAUUGGUCAUCAAAAUGUCAGUUGCCUUGUAAAAGUCUUUCAUGGGAAACAAAAACAGAGGACUUGAAAAAACCGAGCGUCCGUGUGGGAUAUGAAGCAGAAAAGUCGUUUUCAUCAUAUCUUGGCAGUAAUCUGGAAGAUGAUGUCAGUAACAUUUGGUCAGAAGUAACUGAUGAAAACCUUGUCCUCUCACAGUACCUUGCAGAACAUGGCUUUGCUGGAGUGGAAAUAGACUCUGAAAAUCAAGAGCUAGUUUUAAAUAUCAGCUUUCGACUUCAGGCAGCUGUUGAAAAACUUCUGGAAGCAAUCAAUGAAACUACAAAUCAGCUUGAACAUGCCAGAGUUACUCAGACAGAAUUGAUGCGAGAGUCCUUUAAACGGGAACAAGAAGUCACUGAAUUGCUCAAAGGUCAGGAGGAUUUGCAAGAGCGAUUGGAUGAAGAGGUUAAAGCUAGACAGCAGUUGGCACUGGAGCUUGGCAGAGCAGAGAGUCUUGUUGAUGGUUAUGCAGAUGAAAAAUCACUUCUGGAAAAGCAAAUCCAGGAAAAAACAGAUGUAAUUGAACAUCUCGAGCAAGACCUCCUUUGUACAGGUAACAAAUUACAGGAACUAGAGGCCGAGAGGCAGCAGCUUCAAGAAGAAAAGGAGUUGCUCUUCAGACAAAAGGAUGCUAUGAAAGCCGAUGCAGGACCAAUAGAACAACGCCUAGUAGAUGCUGCAGUCGAUGCAGCUUCUCAAGCAGAGUUGCUGGCAGAGACAGAAAAGCUUAUGAAGGAAAAAAUAGAAGUACAACGGCAAGCUGAGAAAGAAUAUGACUACCUUCAGAAGCAGGUGAAAGUUCUGGAAGCUGAUAUAGAGGAGCAAGUCAGCCGUCUUUUGGAAUUAGAGCAAGAAAAGAAUGCAGAAUUAAUGGAUCUAAGGCAGCAGAACCAAGCUUUGGAAAAACAACUGGAGAAAACAAAGAAGUUUCUAGAUGAACAGGCAAUUGACAGGGAACAUGAAAGGGAUGUAUUCCAACAGGAGAUACAAAAACUUGAGCACCAGCUGAAGAUUCCUCAGAGAUUUCAGCCUGUCAAUGAACACCAAAAUAGAGAGGUUGAGCAGUUAACAAAUCAUCUCAAAGAAAAGACAGACAAAUGCAGUGAGCUUUUGCUCUCUAAGGAGCAACUUCAAAGAGAUGUGCAAGAACGGAAUGAAGAAAUUGAGAAAUUAGAGUGCAGAAUCAGAGAAUUGGAACAAGCCUUAAUGAUCAGUGCAGACAGUUUGCAAAAGGUGGAGCAAAGGAAGCAGUUUGGGUCUGCAGUAAGGGGAGAAUUGCCUCUAGAAGCUCAGUUACAGGCGGAACAAGAAGCUGUAGACAGAAAGGAAAAAGAGAUAAUAAAUCUUGAAGAACAGUUAGAGCAGUUCCGUGAGGAACUAGAAAACAAAAAUGAAGAGGUACAGCAGUUGCACAUGCAACUAGAAAUCCAGCGAAAAGAAGCCACUACACGGCAACAGGAGCUAGAACAAGAGAAUAAAUUAUUCAAGGAGGAAAUGGAAAAAUUGGGAUUAGCUAUCCAAAAUCCUGAAGAUGUUUCCAUAAAGGAUCAUCAGCCAGUUACGGGGAAGUUUGUACAGAUCGUACAGGAAAAAGAACGGGAAAUAAAUGAACUCCAUGAACAGAUUGCAAAACUGCAACAGCAGCUUGAAUUUACAACAGAUAACAAAGUAAUUGAGGAAAAAAAUGAUCACAUAAAGGAACUGGAGGCCCAAAUAGAAUACUUGAAGAGUGAUCAAGAGCGUGUAAAACAAAACAGUGAGCAGGAAAUAGAACAGCUGAAUGAAGUUAUUGAAAAGCUGCAGCAAGAGCUGGCAAAUAUUGAGCACAAAGAACCUCUGGACUUCUCAUUGAUUCAGGAAGAUGCAGAUAAUAUAAAACAGCAGCUAGAUGUAGUGGUGGCAGAAAAAGAAGCUCUGUUGAGGAAAGUGGAAAGUAGUGAUAUAGAGGUGUCCCAUGCAAAGCAUGAACUGGAGGAAACAAAAUUAAAAGCAAAGAAGUUAAAAGAAGAACUAGAUACCCUGAAGGAGGCACAUGAACGAAUGGGAGAAGAGCAUGAAAAUGUGCAAACGAGAAGUAGUAUGGCUGAAGUAGGAAUGAAGCUCAGUGAACAACCUGUAAAUAAGAAAAAAACUAAAAUAUGUAAUUCUGUGGAUGAAAAUGCUAAAGAUUCAUUGAGCAACACAGACACAAAGUUGCAGCAGUUUCAGAAAGUUCUUAAGGAGAAGGAUUUGGAGCUAAAACAGUGUUACAAGCAAAUUAAAGAUUUAAAUGAGCAAGCGCAGGCUGAGUCAGAGGCAUUUCAGCAGAAGAUAGUAGAGCUGGAAGAAACACUGGCACAGAAGGCUGCUGCAGCAGUUGUUAUUGAAGCCCAGCUGAAUGCGGUUCUAGAACAAAAUAAAGUCCUCCCAGAAAUGCAUGCAGGAGGCCCCGAGGAAGCCAUACAGACUAUUCUAACAGAAAAAGUAGAUAGCAUAGUAGAAGAAGAUGCAAAGCUUAGAUUAUCAGCACUGCUAGAAAAACUUACAGAGAUGGAGUGCCAAGUGGCAAAUGCACAUAGUAACUUGCAGAUAGAAAAAACAAAAGUGGAAAUGGCACAGAAAGAAGCGAAGGAAAAAGAAGGAAGGCUUGCUGAACUACGGCAGCUUCUAGCAGAUGCAGAAGAAAAGCACAAAAGGGAAAGGGCAAAGAUCUCCAAGAAAACAAAAGCUCCUCAGAUGGUCCAAGAACAGAGUGAAAAUAAACAAAGAAGUUUACUACCUGAUGAUCUUGAACUAGAAAAAUUCAGAGCAGAGUCUGUUGCUGCUAAGGAAGAGCUUAACAGUUGUAGAGAGAAAACAGAAAAAUUGAAAGAGGAGUUAAUGGUAAAAGAAGCAAGUGUGAUUUGUCUUCAGGAAGAACUAAAGCAAACAAGGGAAAAACUUUCUCAAGUGGAAGAGAAACUUGCAGUUUAUGUGCAGAAGGAAGAAACCGCUAACAGAUUGAAGAGAGUAUGUACCAAAGAAGAACCUGAUGUCAACAGAACAAACGCAUCAUGUCAAACUAACAAAACGAUACUUAUCAAUAGUUGUAACCAAACAUUGCAGCUGCUUACCAAAAAUGAAGGAAUACAGAGUGAUUUGCAGAAUGGGUGUUCAUCAGAGGAAGUUGCAGAAAUCAUAAGGGAGUUCAGUGAAAAAAUUGAUCAGAUGCAAGAACUACACGCAGCUGAAAUAAUGGAUAUGGAGACCCGACAUAUUUCAGAAUCAGAAGCAUUGAAAAGAGAACAGUUCCUUUUAGUACAAGAAUUAACUGAAGAAUGCAGUUCUUUGAAGGCUGUCAUAGAAACCUUGAGAGAUAAAGAGGGGAUUCCUUCUUUUUCCCAGUCUGUAUCUUCUAAUGCCAGAGAUGGUUGUUCUAGUGACUCUAGUUCAGACUGGAGCCAAGGAGUAUAUCUUGCACCAAGUCAAGGAUCAGAUAAUGUAUCAGAAGAAAUAGGAAAUGAAGAUGAAUCUUCAGCAGAUUUCCUUCCCAAGAAAAUAAAGGGGUUACUAAGAGCUGUUCAUCAUGAAGGUAUACAGGUGCUGAAUCUCACAGAAUUUCCUUACAGUGACAGUGACGUACCUUCUCUUAAGCAAGGGGCAGAAUGUUGGUUGCAAGAACGCAAGGCAUUCUUGAGCACUGUUUCAGCUUUGAAGGAUUUAAUUGCUAAAAUGCAGGUUCAUGGGGAUCCUGAGCUUUAUGUAGGAUCUGAAUCUGCUGGUGGCAUCUCAGACUGGCGAUCUGAACUUCUGUUUGCUGUCCAACAAGUCUUUCAAAGAGAAAAGGAUGUUCUUCUAGCAGUAUUUCAAACAGAACUGACUGAAGGAGGCACCAGGGAUGUAAUGGAACUAAUUGGGCAACUAGAAAGGAGGCUUCAAGAACAGGGUGCAUAUCAGAGAGCUGCUGUGGAUUGCAUUCAGAAUGCAGACAGGAUAAGUUUGUUAAUGGAAGUCAAAUGGUUGCGCUCCCAACUGAACAAUCAGAGAACUGAUUCAAAGAGGGAAGCUAAAAUUGAGCCAAACUGUCAAGAGUUGCUGGGGUGCAACAUGGAGAUGCAAAUGGAGCUCAGUAGCAUAAAGGACAAAGCAACUGAGCUUCAGGAGCAGCUGAAUGCAGAGAGGAUGAUGGUUGCUGAAUUGAAGAAUGGACUUGAACAAGCAAAACUAGAACUGGAAACAACACUUAAAGCCCAACACAAGCACUUAAGAGAUUUGGAAGCAAUCAGAAAUGAACUGAAAGUAAAAACAGCUGAAUUAGACAUGCUGAAAGAUACACUGGCAAGUGAACAGAAGAGGUCAAGAGAGCUUCAGUGGGCGCUGGAGAAGGAGAAGGCUAAAAUGGAACGCAGUGAGGGGCGAGGAAGAGAAGAGCUGGAGGAUUUGAAAUAUUCGCUUGAGAAUGAAAAACAAAAAGUGAUAGAACUGAAUAAAUUUUUGGAGUUUGAGAAGCAGCUGUCAAAUGAUUUGGAAAAGAAAGUCCAGGCCCAGGAAACUCUUAAUGCAGCCCAGCUGUCACAAGAGCGCAGCUGUAACUCUGAGCUUCAGGUACUCCUGGAAUCUGAGAGGUUCAGAGUUCUUGAACUGAGCAGUGCUCUAGAAAGGGAAAAAGAGUUCUGUGCCCAGCUUCAAGCAGCUGAACAGAAGAGGCAUGAUGGGGCUCUAAAACCAGCUGAAGAAUUACUUGGGGAUCUGCAAAAACAACUGGAUGAAAAACAUGGCCGCAUAGUGGAGCUGGUUAGUGAAACGGAGAGGUAUAAAUUGGAAUCUGUGCAGCUGAAGCAACAGAUGGAAAAAGAGAGGCAGUUUCAGAGGAAGACUCUGCAAGCUGAGCAAGAGGCUAAUCUCUUGGCACAGAAAAAAGUUCAUGAACUGGAGUCCAAAGUGGAAGAUCUUCAGUGGCAGCUUGAAGAAAAGAGACAGCAGGUUCAUCAGCUGCAGUGUGAGGAAAAGAAAUUGCAAGGAAUCAUCCAAGAACUUCAACAAGAGGAGCAGAGGAAAGAGGCAGGAGCCAAAGUGGAAAUAGCAACACAUCAGAAUCUAAAUGAGGCAACUUGGGAUACAUCUGAUGAGAGAACAAGAAAGUGGGUCUUCCAGCAAAAAAUGGGAGCAGCUGAAACAAAAGAAUUGUCCUAUUCUGCUCUGAUUGGCAUGGGUGGAGGAGAUGUUAUUAAGGAGUCCCAGGAUCUGCAGGCUGCCAGACAGAAGCUAAGAAAUGUGUCUUCAAAGUUGAAACUUCUGGCUAACAAAGCUGCCAACAGGCUGCCAUUUGAAAAAACAGAUGAUGAAGACUUUGUUGAAAUACAAAAUGAUAUUGAAGAAGUUCUGUUGCAUUUGCAAAUGUUAUCUGGCUUUUCCAACCUGGAGGCAGAGCUGAAUUCAGAGCUACCACCCUUUAGUUCAUUGACUGAACGGUUACUGAAACAAAAUGCUGAACUGACUGGAUUUGUCAGUAGACUGAGUGAGGAAAAGAACAAUUUGAGAAAUGUCAUCAUGAAACUGGAAGAAGAACUUAGACGAUACCAGCACAGAAGACCCUCUGGAGAUUCUCCUUUUAGAUCAUCACUGUGCAAUGGAGGAAAUACCAGUACGCUUGUUUCUUCGGAAGGAGAGAUCUGGAAAAGAGAGAAAUUGACUAUGCAGCAAUCCUUGAAAGAGGCAGAAGCAGAGCUGGUCAAACUGAGAGCAGAGUUAAGGAAUGAAGCUUUUCUGAGAGAACUGGGAUCUGAUUCAGAAAAUGCUGCACUAAAGAGAAUUUAUGGCAGGUACUUGAGAGCAGAGAGCUUUCGGAAGGCUCUCAUGUAUCAGAAGAAAUAUCUGCUGCUUUUACUGGGUGGCUUUCAAGAGUGUGAAGAAGCUACCUUAUCUCUCAUUGCAAGAAUGGGUGGGCAGCCUUCCUACACAGACCUGGAGCUUAUUACACGCCGUCCAAAGGGCUUCACACGUUUCCGGUCAGCAGUUAGAGUACUAAUUGCAAUUUCAAGAAUGAAGUUCCUUGUUCAUCGGUGGCAUCGAAUCACAGGUUAUAGCUCAGUAGGCACCAGCAGAGAUAGUUUUAGCCAGAACACGGGCAAUGAACUAUCUGGUGGUCUGGAGCUCUUUGGGGAACAGAGACAUUCUUAUCGAUCCAGAUCAGAGCUGGAAUCUCUCAGAUCUCCUCUAAGUUACCAACAUAGGUACCACGGCGUCCAUACUGAUUUAAGCCCAGUUUCCCUUGCAUGUUCUCAACUACAGAAUUAUGAUCCUGACAGAGCAUUAACUGAUUAUAUCAGUCGUCUGGAGGCUUUACAGAAGCGCCUUGGAACUGUACAGCCGGCACCAGCUUCAUACGCACAACUGCACUCUGGUAUCAGAAGAUAAUCUUUGCAACGUCUUCACCGCUGGUAGUGACAUCAGAGAGAAAUGCCUUCUGCGAAUCUGUGCUCCUGCUGUGCUUUUGUAUAAUGUGUAUAUUGUGGGACCAACAUGAACACAGCUCAAUGAUUGUACGCAGUUCACCUUGCUGGCACCUCCACAUUGACUGGAACUUCUGUAUAUAGGUACUUUUGUGGUCAUUCAAGCCUGAUCAUUAAAUUACAUGUAUAUUUGUGGGAAUGCUAAUUUAAACAAUUAAAUUAUUAAGAAGUGUGUAUUUAUCACAUGGAUGAGAGGAUGAAACUUAUGUAUUGGGAUUGCUGAAUGCAUAGUUGCAAGUGCACAACUUUUUCUGAUAAGGCUACUUGAAGGACUUUUCAUGAUUUUAUCCUAUUUGCUACUGGCACUGCAGAGAGAAAUAUCACUUGUAGAAACCUAUUUUUGUAAAGGUAGAAGUUUUGAAUUUUAUGGGUAUUUUGUCAAAAGUACUGAAAUAAAGAUGAUUUCAUCCUUUUAA